CCGGCGCUUCGCCGGGCUCCGGCACCUGCAUCCGGGCGCAGCGAGCAGGCCGAGGCGCAGGCGAGCCGCCCCCGCCGCUCCGGGAGCGGGCGCUGUUCUAAGCGUCAUGUGAAUUGGGCCAGCCAAGCCCCACAAAAGUGACCAGUUCCAUCAAGGUGGAGGGAGAUUUGAAAUAAAGAGCUCAGAUAGACCAUGAGCAGCCACGGGAACAGCCUGUUCCUGCGGGAGAGCGGCCAGCGGCUGGGCCGGGUGGGCUGGUUGCAGCGGCUGCAGGAGAGCCUGCAGCAGAGAGCACUGCGCACGCGCCUGCGCCUGCAGACCAUGACACGUGAGCACGUGCUGCGCUUCCUGCGCCGGAACGCCUUCAUCCUGCUGACCGUCAGUGCUGUGGUCAUCGGAGUCAGCCUGGCCUUUGCCCUGCGCCCGUACCAGCUUACCUACCGCCAGAUCAAGUACUUUUCUUUCCCUGGAGAGCUUCUCAUGAGGAUGCUGCAGAUGCUGGUGCUGCCACUCAUUGUCUCCAGCCUGGUCACAGGUAUGGCAUCCCUGGAUAACAAGGCAACAGGGCGGAUGGGGAUGCGGGCAGCUGUGUACUACAUGGUGACCACGGUCAUUGCUGUCUUCAUUGGUAUCCUCAUGGUCACCAUCAUCCAUCCUGGGAAGGGCUCCAAGGAGGGGCUGCACCGCGAGGGCCGCAUUGAGACCAUCCCCACAGCUGAUGCCUUCAUGGAUCUGGUCAGAAAUAUGUUUCCACCCAACCUGGUCGAGGCCUGCUUCAAACAGUUCAAGACACAGUAUAGCACGAGGCUGGUAACCAGGACCAUAGUGAGGACAGAGAAUGGAUCUGAGCCAGGCACCUCCAUGCCUCCCUCGUCCUCAAUGGACAACGGAACUAGCCUCCUGGAAAAUGUCACCUGGGCCUUGGGCACCCUGCAGGAGGUGCUGAGCUUCGAGGAGACUGUACCUGUGCCUGGCUCAGCCAAUGGCAUUAAUGCCCUGGGCCUUGUGGUCUUCUCUGUGGCCUUUGGGCUGGUCAUUGGUGGCAUGAAACACAAGGGCCGAGUCCUUCGGGAUUUCUUCGACAGCCUCAAUGAGGCUAUUAUGAGGAUGGUGGGCAUUAUUAUCUGGUAUGCACCUGUGGGGAUCCUGUUCCUGAUCGCUGGGAAGAUCCUAGAGAUGGAGGACAUGGCUGUCCUGGGGGGUCAGCUGGGCAUGUACACCCUGACCGUCAUUGUGGGCUUGUUCCUCCAUGCUGGUGGUGUCCUGCCCCUCAUCUACUUCCUCAUCACCCACCGGAACCCCUUCCCCUUCAUUGGGGGCAUGCUGCAGGCCCUCAUCACUGCCAUGGGCACAUCUUCCAGCUCUGCAACACUGCCUAUCACCUUCCGCUGCUUGGAGGAGGGCCUGGGUGUGGACCGACGCAUCACCAGGUUCGUGCUGCCUGUGGGGGCCACUGUCAACAUGGAUGGGACUGCUCUGUAUGAGGCCCUGGCCGCCAUCUUCAUCGCCCAAGUCAACAACUAUGAGCUCAACCUGGGCCAGAUCACGACCAUCAGUAUCACGGCGACAGCAGCCAGCGUUGGGGCUGCUGGCAUCCCCCAGGCAGGUCUGGUCACCAUGGUCAUUGUGCUCACAUCGGUCGGCCUGCCCACUGAAGACAUCACGCUGAUCAUAGCUGUGGACUGGUUCCUUGACCGACUUCGCACAAUGACCAAUGUCCUGGGGGACUCUAUUGGAGCUGCCGUCAUUGAGCAUUUGUCCCAGCGGGAGCUGGAGCUGCAGGAAGCUGAGCUUACCCUCCCCAGCCUGGGGAAGCCCUACAAGUCACUCAUGGCACAAGAGAAGGGGACGUCCAGGGGACGGGGAGGCAACGAGAGUGCCAUGUGAGGGGCCCCCAGCUCUGCCGCUCAGAGAGGAGGGAAUAGGGCUGGGGUGGGGGCGGGGGGGAUGUCCUAGGGAAGACCUGCUGCUCGAAUGACUGUGCACUAAACACACAUGUUCUGUCUGGCUUGUUUGGUGGAAACCGAGAUAAAGGAGCAGGGACGAAAGGAUGUCCAAGGCCUCCAUUUCUCUCUAAGUGCAUGGGGAGAACUUGUGGAGGGCAGUGAGCAAGGCAGGGAGGAAACUCUUCUCCUGGGACUGGGGGUGAGGACAGCUUCGGGUCCCACAAGCUGAGGGGUCAGCUUAUGUUAUUUAUUUUCUCAAGGAGUGGUGGAAUUGAAAGAGGUAAAGGAAAACUGCCAUUUAUUAUAAUAAAACAAUAUUCAUGA